AUGCCUCAUCUUCGUGGUAUCACAGUCCACGUCACUGACUCUCAUGGCGAAAAUCUUCAGGAGUGGGGGAUUCAAUAUCUACGGCAGCAUACCGAGGAAAAGAGGGUUUCUGCAUACGUCGAGUCGAGAACGGAUGUCUCAUUUCAGAUCUCAUUGCAGCCAGAUAUCCCAUUCGUUGGGCACCUUCCUCCAUCAGAAACAUCGGGAGGCGAGAAGAUAUUUAUCACUACCCUUUCGUCUCCAACCCGACCAUCUACAACACCCGAGAGUCACUCCGCACCGGAUUUUGCGUUACUAGCUUCACUCUAUCUUGAUGGACGAAGGACACCAGAGCGUAAGAUUAUCGUCUACACCGAUCCUGAAGAGAAAGAUUUCCAUUCUCCGGAUGGCAAAGUUAACUUCAAACACCGUUGGGUAAAUUCGGCUGACGGAAGAAUGGCCGAACAUGCUUGGGUGUUCAAGGAAAAAGCCAUCGAAACGGUCUUUGACAAAUUAAUGAUCGCUGGGUCUCAAGCCAACGUAGAGGAUCGGGAUGACGAUGCUCUGAUCAAAGCUAUGCAGUCCUCAGGGUUCGAUGCCCAAGGAAAGACUGGGGAAGAGAGCAAAGUUGGUCAAAUUGUGGUUGAGGUCCGGAGAGUGGUUCUGGGGAAAAAGCGAACAGAAGCGAAUUACCGCUCGCACCAUCAAGAAGGCCAGGACGAGGACGUCGAUAUGGAAGGAGUUCGGCGAGAUAUCACUCACGCAACGGGAUUCAUACACAAAAACACUCUGAAUUCUCAGCCUUUGCGAGUGAUUGAGUACUGGCCCUACAAGCCGAACGAAGGACUUUACGCCACCUUCCAGUUCUUCUAUAGAAGUCGAGAGCAGCUGCAACAGUUCCAGUUUCCGGGGUUUCCGUCCCUUCCAACGAUAAGAACAGCUAGGACAGCAAGACUGCUGAAUGCGCGGAUGGCCAAUUUGACCCCCCUGAGUAUCUCCCUUCCUCUGGACCAGACAACCAAGAAGAUACAGCAUGAUCAAGACUCAUAUGAACUAAAGGUCAAAAAGAGAGGAUUCAAGCCAGAUGACAGUCAAAAACAUGACUUCGGUUCUGAGUAUCGAGACAUACGAGCAACGUCGCCGUCUACAGUAGACGAGGCUUAUGAGGGCAAGAAGCGGCCAAAGUAUCCGGCCGCUCCAUUACCCUUUCUCGCCAAAAAAACGUUUGAUAACACAGGAAUUGAUACUAUUCCCCUAAAGACUAGCCCGACCAGUGCAGAAGCACCCCUCGUAGCAGGAAAACAUAUGGCUGCAGACCUAAAACACAAGCUACAGCCUCAAGGACACGUCCGCCAUUCAUUCAACUCGGACACUCCCAAUUCCGUCACCGCAGAACCCUCAUCAUCCCCUCCAUCAGCAACCAACUUUAACAAAGAGCAAAUGGCCAUCAUCACGGACAAGGACGGCUAUCGCCUAGCUGCUGGGGAUUCUUACUCGAGCGAUCAAGAGGAAGACACUAACGACGAGCACGCAACGGAAUCGGACCUCGAAACCCAUGCCGGUGAUGACGACUUCAACUACGCUGCUAAUCCCGAGGAAGAGGACGAAGGCUACGAUAGCUUGCAGUCUCGGUUCAAAAACGUGAGGAUUCGUAAGCGUCGACGUGACGAUGUUGGGGAUGUAGAGGAUGACAAUGAGGCCUGCCAAGAGGACGAUGCUGCUCAUCAGGAUGGCGAUGGAAAGCAGAAGACCCUGAAACUGCCGUUGACGGAAGAAGAGCGUGCACAUCGAGGCAAGAUAGCGAGGACAUCUAAAACAACCUCGGCGGCAGAAGAUGGUCAACAUACCCACGGUACUGAGAAGACACAGGUGGUGGGAGUGACCCAAAAAGGUGUAUCAUGA